GGGUUGGAGAGGAUUAAUAUAAUUUAUAUCAAGUAGAGUGAUAGAAGAAUCAGUGAUGAUUAAGAAUGGACAAGGGGAUUGGAGGAUCUGUUGGCAGCCACUUCGGAAAAGUCGAUCUUGAUCGAGUUGGAUUUUUCGACGACCCACCUCCUGGUCCAUUCAACAAAUACGUAAAGCCCUUCGAAUUACGAGAUGGCGUCGCAAAAGGGCGGCAAAUGUUGUGUGGCCAGCCAGGCGAUUUAUUCGAGAAAGAAUUUAAACGUAUUUUCCGCGGCGAAGCGCUCACGGAACCUUCGCGUGACGAAGCCAAAGUCAAGCUUAAGAACAAGAAAAGAGGCCGUCAUCUCAUCCCAACAUCUGGUGCAAAGAAGCAUUCAACUCCAGGUGACUGGUUUGGAUGCUUUGGGGAAAAACCAUCUCACUUCAGUCCUGAAUUAAGAAAGUCAGCAACGAAGAAGGAGCCAGCUAAUUUUAAAACUAAACCGAAUCCACUUGGGGGACCUGGAUAUGUAGACAUAUGCCUUAACCCGUAUCCAAAAUACGCAAAUGAGCCAUACGAUCCUGUGAACGUCGAUCGAAAGAAGGCAACCAAAGUUGGAAAGUUUAUUUCAACAAGUUCGCCUUUGGACUUCUUUCCACCAAAUCCGUAUCAUUCAACAAAAAUUGGACCUACUUAUGUACGACCUCAUAAGAAGCUGGGUAAGGUUAUUGGCACUGGUCGGAUUUACGUCCCGUUUCCAAAAAACCCUGGAGGAUCGCAUGCUGGUUGUUUUAGUGAAUAUCCAAAAUACAUAAGCGAACUAUACCAACCAAAAAUAAGAAAGAGUCAACGAGAACCGAGGUGGAUAGGGGGAGCUCCUGACUUGAGAUCGAAAUAUACUAGCAGUAUCAUUAAUCAGGUGACCCAAGUUUCCUGUAAUGCUAGCAAUUACAUGGAAUACCAGGCAAAGGUAUAUCCCCUCUAGUAUUGAAAAGGAAGUAGCUAACAUUAGUUCAUGGCCUCUGGGUUUGGUGAUUUAGUGCUGAAUCUCAUCCCAUUUAAAUACUUUGU